GCUUGCAGACGGCUUCGAUUGCGCCGCAUCCUGAACCACACAAUUCCGCGACUCCCGGCUUGCCUGUACAUCCGCUGGGACCAACGACUGUAGCCAUAAAUCUAGACGGUUGGCUACCCCAGCCAUGGAAUGGACUCCUGGUGAUCACGACAGUGAUGGGGAAGGACCCUUUGAGUGGGACCCCAGAGAUGCCGAGCAAACGGGAUAUGGGAGCUGGCACACUGCCGACGAGGGCCAUGAUGAUGAUGAUGAUGAUGAUGAUGAUGAUGAUGACCAUGGUGAGGUGUAUGAGGAUGCAAACGAGAGGGGUGCGGUUGAGGAUGAGGACGAAGACGAUGACGACGAGGAUGAUCCCGACUAUCGUGAUGAGCCAGAUGAGGACGACGAGGACCUUGAGGAUCAUGAUGAGGAAGAAGAAGAACGAGAAGCUCCAGCACUCGACGACCGCAUGCAAUACGCCUUUGGCGAUUUCCGAUUCCAGAUUGUCAUUGACGACGAAGAGGCUGGGCGAGACGAGGCCGCUUUGAGGUUGAUUUCAUUGUUAAGAGCUGGCCAAAGGUCGGGGCUCUUGACAAGACAGCAGCUCAUGACGCUCUUCCGCGGCACUGGUCUCGGCCGCGGGGUACCUGUCAUACCAAAAGACCCCAACCGGUUUCCCAAAGUCCCUAGUGAGGAGGGCAGAAAGCUCAUGGAGUCUGGAGCCUUUGGUAUGAGCGAUGUUGACCUGCGACCUAAAAAACUUAUUGCAAGACGUUUGCUUGAGCGAGAGGUCGGUGUAGGAGACCGAAUCUGGAGAAAGCGAAAUAAUGGUGCUCUAGCUCAGAGCUUCAUCCCCGGUAGCAGAGCGGAGAAAAUCAUCCACUACGAUCACCCCAUCUACUCCGGCCAGUUCUCCGACGACGGCAACUUCUUCUUCUCAUGCUGUCAAGAUUUCAAAGUACGCAUGUACGACACGUCCAACCCCUACAACUGGAAGCUGUACAAAACGGUGAGCUACCCCUUUGGCCAGUGGACACUUACAGACGCCUCUCUGAGUCCGGACAACCGCUGGCUGGCGUAUACCUCUAUCCAAAGCAUCGUCUCGAUAGCUCCCACCGAUCCCAAAGACAAGGGUGAGCCGUACUCUCUCGAGCUUGAUGACGGAGAAGGUCAUACGAGACUCUCAUUUUGGCGUAACCGCGGGUCCUUUGGAAUCUGGUCCGUCAGAUUUUCGGGAGAUGGACGAGAGCUUGUUGCUGGCACCAGUGCUCACUCACUAGUCGUCUAUGAUAUUGAAUCCAGGAGAGUCCUCCAUCACAUCACCGGUCACCAGGAUGAUGUCAAUGCCGUGUGCUUUGCGGACAAGGCAUCCCCUCACAUCAUCUACUCCGGCUCAGACGACACAACCAUUAAAGUGUGGGAUCGGCGAAGCAUGGGAGACAAUCGGGAGGCUGGCGCCUUUGUGGGACACACCGAGGGCCUGACGUACAUUGACAGCAAGGGCGAUGGGCGAUACAUCCUCAGUAACGGCAAGGAGCAGAGCAUGAAGCUGUGGGAUCUGCGCAUGGCCAUGUCAACGGAUCGGUUCCGUCAAGUCACAAAGGAUAACGACACACGGCUUGAUAGGUUCGAUUAUAGGCAAGACGAAUACGACGAAGACGACUGGGACGUGCACCCCCACGACAACUCUCUCGUCACCUUCCGUGGCCACAAGGUCCUCCGCACGCUUAUCCGAUGCCACUUCUCGCCGCCGUCGUCGACCAACUCACGCUACGUCUAUUCUGGCAGUGCAGACGGCAAAGUGCACAUCUGGAACAUGGACGCGACCAAGGCGGGCGUAAUCGAUGUACAGGGUGCAACUGAUCAGACGAGGAGACUCGACCGCCGCACGCGGGUCUAUUUCGACGAGCCCGGAGGCUGGGGCACAUGCGUCCGCGAUGCUAGCUGGCAUCCCAGCGCGCCCAUCAUUGUUGCGUCUGCAUGGAAUGGAUACAGCAUGGCACGAGGCACCUGCACAGUCCAUGCGUUCAAUGGGGCAUCUGAAGAUGAAGGAGAGCCCAAGCUUGGGGCCAGCGUUAAUGAGUCGUUGAGGUCAGACCCAGAGACGUUUUACCACUCAAGGUUUUUUUAACGGUCUGGUGAAGAAUGGCUAUAUGGAUGCGAGGACAGGGGCAAAAUGAAUAUAUAAGAGGUCUUGGGUUCUUUAUGUUGUUACAGCGGACUUUACAAAGUACUUUAUCAUGUUGUGGCCUGCAUGCAAACACUCCAAAGAGAAGCAUUCGUUUGGU